AUAAUUGUACGCAGUGCUGGUCUGUCCUCUCCUUCGCAGUAACUCUCUUCAGGGUGGAACGGACAACCGACAGAGUACUCGCAAAUCCGACAAUGAAUAAUUGGCAGUUGUCCAUCGCAGGUUUCCAGACAAGACAGUGGGAAACCGACGCCGAGGACGAAAGGCCCGAUGUAGUGGCACUUACUUCGAAGUCUUGGUGUCUCGCCAUCGCAGGGGUUGGCAGCUUAUAAGUUGAUUUUAGCUCCCUUGCUCUCGCUGUUUGGUGUUCGUCUAUUUGUUCUUUUGAUCUGAGCUUCCUGCUCAAAGGCAGGACAUUUUGGAUCAUACGGCCAGGAGGCAGAUAAAACUGCACGCAGCACAAAGAUAUUUGGCAUGCCCUGUGAUUACUGUGAAGAGUUAGUUAUUGGUCCCUAGAAAUUUUACUUGGCGCAAUUUGUUUUUCAUUUAUCCAGUUCUUAUGAGCCCCUCUCUGUACAGUUUGCUCUGACUCUGCCAUAAAACUUCUUCAUAGAAGACAAAGAAGGGUGUGUCCAGUGUGGCCGUAAAUAAUUCCAGGGGCCUGGCUCAUCGUGGUAGUUCGGCUGAGCAACUUGAACCAGUUUACCUCUACCUGAGUUGCAUUAAAUUUACUUCUCUCUUCUGGGCCCGGAGACAGACCUCAAGUAGCAUUACGAGUUCAAUCAGUGACCAGUAUGAACUCCUCUUCUGCUGUACAGUUAUGUGAAGGGCGAGCACGUUUCUCGUCCUCUUGUGGAAAUCAUCUCCGUCUGCAAGAAAAAAAUGAUUUAUUCAACAGCGGACCACCGUGGAGCUUCGGCAACGGGGCCGCGGCAUCGAGUGGGAUGAAUGAAUCCAAUCCUAGGUUCUACGAAUAGUCCUUGUGCAGUGGAAGUUAUCGACAAACUCAGUGUACUUCUAUCGUUUGUGUGCCAGAAAUCGCAGCAAGCUGAAAAGCCCUUCUGACAUAACUGCAAAUAGACUUCCUUCAGGCUUUCUUCAGCAAGUUCCUGCACAUCUGUGAGCUCCUUGAGAGAUGGAACGGGAUGAACGUUGAAAGCUUUGGAAUCUCAUGGAGUCUCAUAGUCCUGUGUGAUCAGGUAAGAGGUCCAGAGGUCCAUUGGAACGCCAGUGAAAUCAAAACAGCAGUGCACCUGACGAACUUCUACAUACGUACGUGGGAGGCAGCUUAGUUUGUACAUCGUCGGGGACAUAAUUCGUAGAGGAAAGUAUCUAAACUUCUUGUACUUGAGAACCUCUGGAAGAUCAGCGCAUGUAUCUUCGUGGUCUGCUAAAAUCAAAGUGGCCUUUGUGCUAACAUAAUAUUUUCAUAAAAAAUUAGGCCAAACAAUUUUUUUAUCGGGAUCAGACUUUUGUAACACGUUUACUGUUUCAAAAGUCUGCAAUGGUGAACGAUAAAAUGUUAUGUCUAGACUUGCAUUUUAGUUCGUGUGGGAGGCCUUCAUAAUCAUGCAUUAUGUAGGGAUUGAUCUUUAGGAUCUUUUCACUUGUUUGUGAUUUUUUGCUUAUACUGGGUUAUUCAUAUUUUUGACUCUUUGGGUCCCACGAGGUUGAUCUAUCUACCAUUUAUGUUCAGUUUCCAUUAUAAUAGCUAAAAUUACGCAAAGACAUGAAUGGGUAAUUCCCUCGUUUCAGAGAGGAAGAACAAAAAGCAGGCCUUGCAAUCCUACUCCAACCACAGUUAGUGGACGACAAAAAAAACCCGUAGCCAUUCAAAGACGGGGGCAAGAGGGCUACGGUGCAGGUCCAAACCCUAAACCCCA